AUGGGUGUGGGGGGUAUGUAUAUAUAUUUAUACACACCACUGCAUAGAUAUACUAUUUAAAUUUAAAUCCAUAAAUAUAUACAAAAUAAAUAAUAAAUAAUAAUAUAUAAAUGUUUUAUAAUUAUUAAAAUAUUCGAAUUCAUUCUGAUUUUUGUAUCAUUAUCAUAAUUAUUGUAUAUUUUAAAUGUGUGUGUUUCUCAAUCCUCGUUUCUAGUAUCAAUGUGGAAAUAGAUUUCAAAUAAAUAGAUCACAUCAGAGAAAAAAAGGAUUCAUAGUUUUGCAAAUACUCCAUAAUAUUAGCAUCUACGAUCUGUUAAACAUGCUCCCAAAUAUCGAACAUCUUCAGCAUAAGAUUCACGGAUUCAAUGAUUUAUAACUCGUUAAUAGUUUUAAGACUCAAUGGAUCGGAAUCCUCAUGAAAUGCUCUUCUCUGUUUACUGAUAUCCGGACUUAAAAACACCCUUUAAUAAUAUAUAAUAUAUAUAUAAUAGAAUUGGUGCACGUGUUCAUAGCGAUUGUAUUUAUUUAAAUAAAACUAAAUACCAAAAAAACACAGAUCUACAUUUUGUCCAAGCUGCACAAGUUUUUGUUAAACUACCAACAAAAAAAAAAGAAUUAAACAUCAACACGGGAUUUUAUACAGAUGUGUAAAUUAUUGACCUAUUUUAAAUAUAGAUGGUCUCAUAAUAAUAAUAGUUUGUGAAGACGCGAGGCUUCAGUGACACAAUAAAGUCCGAGUUUAUUGUGUUCUUCUUCAAAGCUCUUUGACAGUAAAUUAAACGACUUGCUCCUCAAUUAAAGAGUCAGUUUGGUUGUCGCGUGGCGGCAGAAUCCCUCCAAACCGCUGCCGGGUUCGGGUUCGGGUUCGGGGACGUGGGAGGAGCUGCUGCUUCAGAUCCAGAGAGGAGGGGGGUGGGGGGUCUUUAAGGAGCUCACUCUCUUCGGGGCUAUAAAGACGUUGUGGCUUCAGGACGGAGCGAAUCAUCUCCAUCUGCGAAUUAUCGCGUAAAACCCCCCCCAAAAAAGCCAACCGUCGGUGCGCGACUUGUUGGAUUCUUUAGCCGCCGCCGCCGCCGCCGCCGUCUCUCUCUCCUCAUGGUGACCGCUGGUUGAAGCGGAUUCGGGGUUUUGACAUGAUGGAGUAUUUGGACGAUAAGUUCGCGUUGAAGAGCCACGCGCUGAAGGCCGGCGAUUACUACAUGGAGCAGGUCAUGGAGAGCCUGGACAGCGCGCAGUACUUCACCAAGUCCUCCCCGAAGUGCGCGCAGGCCUUCGGGCUCCAGGGCGCCGAGCAGCGGCCCCCGGCCUGCGGGGACCACCACGCCAAUUACGGUGCGCCAAAGACGGACGAGGACACUUUGCACGCGGACCUCGGGAGGCCGAUGGACAGCUGUUGCACCCUGCGCGCGUCCCCGGUGACGACCGGACAGGACAAAACGGAUUUGGACGACAUGGGGGACAAGUGCGACAGUAACGUGUCCAGCAGCAAGAAGAGGAGACACCGGACGACCUUCACCAGCGCGCAGCUGGAGGAGCUGGAGAAAGUCUUUCAGAAAACUCACUAUCCAGAUGUUUACGUGAGGGAACAGCUGGCCAUGAGGACGGAAUUAACGGAGGCCAGAGUGCAGGUGUGGUUCCAGAACAGGAGAGCCAAGUGGAGGAAGCGGGAGCGCUACGGGCACAUCCAACAGGCCAAAAGCCACUUCGCAGCCACCUACGACCUGUCGGUGCUACCGAGGAGCGACAGCUACGCGCAGAUCCCCAACAACCUGUGGCCGAGCCCGGCCCCCGCCGGCCCCGUGGUGUCGUCCUGCAUGCUGCCCCGAGGCUCCCCUCCCUGCGUCACCUCCUACUCCCCCCGCUCCGCCGAGCACGGCUACGUGGGCUUCCCCAGCCAGCAGAACCAGUUCGGCCACGUCGCCCUCAACAACUUCUUCGGCGCCGACUCCCUCCUCACGCCGGCCGCCGCCGGCGCCGGCCACCACGCCUUCGAGGCCAAGCCCGAGUUCGAGAGGCGCUCGUCCAGCAUCGCCGUGCUGCGCAUGAAGGCCAAGGAGCACGCGGCCAACAUCUCGUGGGCCAUGUGAUCGCGGCCAUGCCUGUAAGG